GUGACGGUAUCGUCGGCACGCGUGCCGACAGUAGGGUACAAGUACCCGACCACGGCCCUCUUUCCGUUAUCGUUAUCGUGAAACGAAAGAUGAAUACGCUGGGCAAGUGUCUGGUAAGCUUAACAUCAUGGAUGAGUGCCAGCCUCUUUUGCCUAUCAUGUUAGUGGGUUAUAUAUAAUAUCUUUGUCCGACAGCUCCUGAACGAUGAUCUUCUAUCCCCCUCCCUCAUCAGAUCGCGAUAUGGAUGCCUCAAAAGUCUUCGACAAGAAGGACCAAGCCCUGUCGGACCCCCAGGUGGCCGAUGGAAGCUAUGCGGAAACCUGCUCAUACACUCCAGAAGAGGAGAGGAGGGUUGUCCGCAAGCUGGAUUUAGUGAUAUUGCCCAUGAUGUGCUGUGUCUUCUUCCUCCAAUAUCUCGACAAGCAGAGUCUCAGUUAUGCAUCGAUCUUCGGCCUCAUCCCAGAUCUGAAGCUGGAAGGAAAGCAAUACUCGUGGACCUCGUCCAUCUUUUAUUUCGGCCAACUGGUCUCCGAGUACCCUUUUAUCUAUCUGAUGAGUCGGCUUCCGCUGGCGAAAUUCGUUGGGGCUACCGUCGUCGUCUGGGGAGGCAUAUGCAUGUGUCUUGCUGCACCACACAAUUUUGCGGGAUUUGCCACCGUUCGAUUCAUACUGGGCUUCGCCGAGGGUGCUGUCUCUCCUGCCUUUGUCACGAUAACCAGCAUCUGGUAUCGCAAGAGCGAACAUCCUAUGCGUGUCGGGAUCUGGGUCACUAUGAAUGGAUUAGCCCAAGUCGUUGGCUCACUGCUCAUGUACGGCAUCGGCAAGAACGGCAGCCUCAGUCUGCAGCCCUGGAGGGUUCUGUUUCUCAUCUGCGGUGCGAUGACUACCUUUUGCGGCGCAGUUUUCUUCUUCAUCAUCCCCAAUGGAGUCAGUGACGCCUGGUUCUUGUCGCCCCGCGAGAAGGAGAUUCUCGUCGCCCGUAUGGCUGCAGAUCGAGAGGGGGGAGAUCGCAGCAAUUUUUCUGUAAACCAAUUCAAAGAGGGCCUGAUUGAUAUCAAGUCAUGGUUUGUCUUUGCGUUCGGACUGCUCGUGACGCUGAAUUCUUCUCCCCUAACCUUCGCCUCGCUUGUCAUCAAGAACAUUGGAUAUAAUAAAUUCGACACUCUCUUAUACGGCUCUCCAUCUGGAGCCCUACAGAUUCUGUUCAUUUGGAUCAGCGUUCUGGGCUGCUUCCUCUUCCCCAAGAACCGGUGUGCGGUGGUGAUGGUUCUCAUUAUUCCACCAUUGGUUGGUAACAUCCUUCUGUUGAAGCUGCCUCUAGCUGCCGGCUGGGGGGUUAUUGUCGCUUCGUGGCUGGCGAGCUUGAUCUCCGACAUCAUGACUGUUAUUCUCAGUCUGAGCGCGUCCAACGUCAAGGGCAACACUAAGCGAGCGAUGGUGAAUACCUUUUUCUUCAUCGGUUACUGUGUUGGAUGCAUCGCGGGCCCGCAGGCAUGGACGAAGGCGCCCCGAUACCUAGCCGGCGUCAUCCUAGACAUCGUUGUCUGGUGCUUGCUGUUUUUGGCCAUCGCCGGCUACUGGUAUGUGUGUGCUAGGGACAAUGCUCGGCGGGACUGCGAACAGGUAGGUGGCGGUACCGUCACGGGAUCCGAAGGCAUCGAUGUGACCGACAAGGAGGACCAGUCGUUCCGCUAUUCCUACUAGUCAGGAGCCUUAAGGGCCAAUUUUCGGUUUCUCGAUGCUUAGAGAACUAACUUGAACACUUUUAUUUGUCAAUUCAGUAUUGACUACAUAAGGAAAUCAAACCCAUCAACUUUAUGUGAUUCAAAUCAGCACGGUUUUCUCAAAUUGGCGUCUUAAGUGUUGACAUAGUAUCUAAACUGUAGCCCUUUGACCAGCAUAUACAUAAUAAACAAAGGUUUAUGGAAGUAUUCACCGCAAUAAAAUCUCAUAAAACCGUCU